GCGGACGAGUGCGGCAGCAACUUACAACUCUCCUUCUCCUCUCAUGAUCCCUCGUUCUUUGCGUGCUUCGGGCCUUGCGACUCGACGCAUUGCAUGCCUUCCAAGAUACACAAGGCUACAAUGGUCUCGGUCGUAUGCUACUCCUCCAGAUAAUCAGCCUAAGCAAGACUCGAAUCAAAGCAAAGACUCCAGGCCAGAGGAGAAAGGAAAGCAGGCAGAGGAGAAGAGAAAGGAGCCACAGAAACAGGCUGAUGAGAAGAAAGAUGUGCGGGCAGAUGCAGACAAGAAGGAAGAUCCACUGAAGGGCCUCGAAGGCUUUUUCCAGCGGUAUCACCAGCAGAAGCAGCAGACACAGCAAACACGGUCCGAGAAAGACGAUUCCUCGGGUGAGCAGAAGUCCAAGAAACCUCCUCCCCCUCCGGGGAACAAUGGUUUUGGUGCAAACCAACUCGCGAUUCUUGCUACUACCGCUGCCAUUUUCUAUGCUUUGUCGAGUUCAGCUACUCCAUCGUCCCGCGAAAUCACCUGGCAGGAGUUCCGUACUGCUUUCCUUGAGAAGGGUCUUGUAGACAAGCUCAUUGUCGUCAAUCGCUCGAAAGUGCGAGUCAAGUUGCACUCGAAUGCGACAGGGACGAUGUAUCCUUCGGCACCACCGGGAGGCGGCGAUUACCACUUCUCUAUAGGAUCCGUCGAGGCAUUCGAACGCAAGUUGGACGAGGCACAGAAGGAGCUGGGAAUUCCUCCCUCAGAGAGAAUACCUGUUGCUUACCAUGAGGAAGUCCCUGCUUCCAAUUACCUCCUCAACUUCGGCCCCACAUUGCUGUUCGCAGGUCUAUUGUUCUACCUGUCACGUAGAGCUAGUGGAGGUGCUGGAGGCGGAGGGGGUAUCUUUAGCAUGGGUAAGAGCCGAGCGCGGAUGUUCAACAAGGAUACCGAUGUGAAGGUGAAGUUCAAAGAUAUCGCUGGCAUGGACGAAGCCAAGCAGGAGAUCAUGGAGUUCGUCUCAUUCCUUAAGGAACCCUCGAAGUACGAGAAAUUGGGCGCGAAGAUUCCUCGCGGUGCAAUUUUAUCGGGACCACCAGGAACUGGUAAGACCUUGCUGGCGAAAGCCACAGCAGGUGAAGCCAACGUACCUUUCUUCUCGGUGUCUGGCUCCGAGUUCGUGGAGAUGUUCGUCGGUGUUGGUUCUUCGCGUGUUCGAGACCUCUUCGCUUCCGCCAAGAAGAAUGCACCAAGUAUCAUCUUCGUCGAUGAAAUUGAUGCUAUUGGCAAGAAGCGUAGUGCGCGAGGUGGUUUCGGUGGCAGCGACGAACGGGAGCAGACGCUCAACCAGCUUUUGGUAGAGAUGGAUGGUUUCAAUACGACCGAGCACGUCGUCGUGCUUGCUGGUACGAAUCGUCCAGACGUCUUGGACCCUGCUCUCAUGCGUCCUGGCCGUUUUGAUCGACAUAUUGCCAUCGACCGUCCGGACGUCAGUGGAAGGAAGGGUAUUUUCCUCGUCCAUCUCAAGCCUCUCCGACUAUCACCCAGACUUCCCGAGCUCGAAACCUUCGCUCAUAAGCUUGCAGUCUUGACGCCUGGCUUCUCUGGUGCUGAUAUUGCCAACGUUUGUAACGAGUCUGCUUUACAUGCCGCUCGGAAGGGUCACGAGUGCGUAGAGGAAUCUGACUUUGAAAGCGCCAUUGAGCGUGUCAUUGUUGGUUUGGAGCGGAAGAGUAGGGUCCUAAGUCCCGACGAGAAGAAGACGGUAGCGUAUCAUGAAGCUGGUCAUGCUAUUUGUGGCUGGUUCCUCGAACACGCGGAUCCUCUACUGAAAGUCAGCAUCAUUCCUCGAGGUGUUGGCGCUUUAGGCUACGCUCAGUAUUUGCCUGCGGAUCGAUACCUGCUUUCUACGCCUCAGAUGAUGGAUCGGAUAUGCAUGACCUUAGGUGGUCGUGUAUCUGAAGAAAUCUUCUUUGGUGUAGAGAACAUCACCACCGGUGCUCAAGACGAUCUCCAGAAGAUUACCCGUAUGGCUUUUGAGGCUGUUGCUAACUACGGUAUGAACGGCGUCGUUGGCCCUGUCAGCUAUGGCGGGAGCAAAGCCACUCAGGAGGCUUGGCAAAAGCCAUUUAGUGAGAAGACCGGCGAGAUGCUCGACGAUGAAGUCAGGAAAAUGAUCAUAACUGCUCAUCAACGGACAACGGAACUGCUGAAGGAUCACAAGGCGGAUGUGGAGAAGAUUGCUCAGCUUCUUCUCGAGAAAGAGGUUAUCACCCGUGAGGAUAUGAUCAGCCUUCUCGGUAAACGACCGUUCGCGAAUCGUAAAGAUGAAAUGGACAAGUGGCUGGAUGAGAACCGAAAACAAGAACGUAGUGCACCUCCUCCAUUAGAGGAGAUGCCUCCGGAGUCCUCUGCACCUGCACCUGCUGCUACCCCGAUACCGGACGAACCCAAGCUCUGAUGCUUCCAUUGGUUAAUAUUGCUUUACAUCUUGGAAGAUCACACAUUCCUUGCAUCUGUACCUUAAAGCAUUUCCCUACUCAGCUCCAUCUAAUAUACGAUGUAUCAUGACGUGUAUUGUGGGCGUGAUCUCAAUUCGGCAUGUACACCUUACAAGCGGUCGGUCGGUUUGUAUACAGUGUUUUGCGGAAAGCAUAUUGACAUUUUUGGAAAAACAAUCCCCAAAUAUGGCAAUGACUUCUGGCUAACACCUUCCGAAAAACCCCUUCAUGAGAACUCA